AUGGCAGAUAAUCUGAUAGAAGGGUUGAUUAGUGCACGAAUUAGCCCGGUUCGUGCUUAUCGCAGGCAACAAUAUUCUUGUUUUCUUCCUAAAUUUAUUCAGAAAGCGACAAAAAGAGUGUCUGUUAGUCCAAUUGGGAGGAUGGAACAACCAAAAUCAUUCAAUUCGGUAGCUGCUUCAGUUCAACCACUAGAAGCAUCAACAAUGAGCCGCUUCGACAACACAUUACCAUCCAAAGAGGUUCUUGAGGCGGUUGCAGAGUGGACUACUGGGGCAAUGAAUGGUUCUGUGCUUUUUGAGGAAGCUUUGGCUGCCAGACUCUCUCUCUUUAACCCUUCGCUGGCUCAAGUCCAGGAUUUCCUUGAGAAGAGACCUCCAAGAAUUUCUCCUGGAUUAGAUGAAUUGAUCAAGCAGCUGAGGGAUAAUGGUACAAGCAUCUAUCUGGUCUCUGGAGGCUUUCGCCAAAUGAUCAAUCCCAUUGCAUCUAUUCUUGGCAUACCGCUUGAAAACAUUUUUGCCAAUAAACUGCUGUUUCUGAGCUCUGGAGAGUUUUUGGGGUUUGAUACAAAUGAGCCAACUUCAAGGAGUGGAGGGAAAGCUACUGCAGUUCAACAUAUAAGGACGGCUCAUGGAUACCAAUCAUUAAUCAUGAUUGGGGAUGACGCAACUGAUCUUGAGGCUCGACAACCAGGAGGUGCUGACUUGUUUAUUUGCUAUGGGGGAGUGCAACUUCGGGAGACUGUUGCUGCUAAAGCUGAUUGGCUGGUGUUUAAGUUUAGAGACCUGAUAAAUUCCUUGGAAUAG